AUGCCUGCUCUACUCCUAUUCCAACAUCCCCGCUCUACUCCCACUCCAACAACCCCCGCUCUACUUUCCCUCCAUCAUCCCGCUCUACUCCCACUUCAACAUCCCCGCUCUACUCCCACUCAAACAUCCCCGCUCUACUCCCACUCAAACAUCCCCGCUCUACUCCCACUCAAACAUCCCCGCUCUACUCCCUCUCCAACACCCCCGCUCUGCUCCCACUCCAACAUCCCGCUCUACUCCCACUCCAACAUCCCCGCUCUACUCCCACUCAAACAUCCCCGCUCUACUCCCACUCAAACAUCCCCGCUCUACUCCCACUCCAACAACCCCCGCUUUACUUUCACUCCAACAACUCCCCUCUACACCCACUCAAACAUCCCCGCUCUACUCCCACUCCAACAUCCCCGCUCUACUCCCCCUCCAACACCCCCGCUCUACUCCCACUCCAACAUCCCCGCUCUACCCCCACUCCAACAUCCCCGCUCUACUCCCACUCAAACAUCCCCGCUCUACUCCCACUCCAACAUCCCCGCUCUACUCCCACUCCAACAUCCCGCUCUACUCCCACUCCAACAACCCCGCUCUACUCCCACUCCAACAAUUACGUUCUGCUCCCACUCACAAUAG